AUGUCCGAAGCUAAUUCAGACACGUCUGAACUGAUGAAUGCUAUUGAUAAUAAUGAAAAUAAUAAAGAUACGAAUGAUAUUAAGACUGAAGAAUGUGUAUUAAAUGAAGAUCAUAAAUUGAAUGAUAACAAAGCAGAAGAUGGACUCGAAGAUGAACUUGAUGAUAACCAUCGUCAAUUUCCCAUUAAAGUGAAUAAUAAAACUCAACAUCGUACAAAACGAAGUAGAUUGCGUCCAAGACAAGAAGAUGAAGAACCUGAUGAGGAAGAAAAAAGUGUAUCGGAGCCACACGAUGGUAACCAGAAUGAAAAUGUUUUAUCAAUUAUAAAUGAUGAUAAAAUCGAAAAUUUGACAGAAAUGAAUUCAAAAAUAAAACGUCGUCGGAUGAAUACAACAAAUGACUCAUCAAACUCAUCAACAGAUGAAACCAAAACGACAGAAAAAAAUAACAAUGAAAAAAUGAAUAUUGAAAUUGAAGACGAUGAUGAUGAUGAUGAUGAUGAUGAAGAUGAGGAGGAGGAGGACGAGGAAGAUACAAGUGAUAGAGAACAGAAUGAUGACGAUGAUGAAGAAUGGUCUAAUUUAUCUGAAAUACAAAAAGAAAUACGUUGUCGUGCUGAUGAAUCCGACACUACUGAUGAUGAACAAAAUGACGUAUUCACCAAUUUUCCAAAAGAUAAACGAAAAUUACUUCCUCUUCUCAAAGAACGUUCAAUUGGAUAUUUUAAUCAUCGUACGAGUCGUUAUUUUCAUAAUGUAAAUAUUGGCUCGUUAAAUAUGGUGCGAAAAAUGAAAAUAUCUCAUAAACUUGAAAUUCAUGAAGGAUGUGUUAAUGCCUUAUCAUUUAAUCGAAUCGGAACACUAUUAGCAAGUGCCAGUGAUGAUUUACAAAUAGCAUUGUGGGAUUGGCCCACUCCUCAGGUGGCAGUUAUUUACGAUUCUGGUCACACAUCAAACGUUUUUCAAGCUAAAUUUUUACCAUUUUCAAAUGAUUGUUCUAUCGUAAGUUGUGCAAGAGAUGGUCAAGUGAGGUUGGCUGAAUUAGCUCCUGAUGGAACAUUAAGAAAAACCAAAAAAAUUGCUCAACAUCAUGCGUCGGCACACAAGUUAACAGUAGAAAAUAUAACUGGAAAAGUCAUUUAUUCUUGUGGUGAAGACAGUGAUGUAUUUCAGAUCGAUAUUAGAGAAGAUAAACCUAUGAAAUUAUUAUCUGUGUCAAAUGAAAAUAUGAGAACUUUACCAUUGUACUCUAUUAGUCUUAAUCCAUCAAAUUUGAAUGAAUUUUUGUUAUGCGGGAUGGAUCCAAUUAUUCGAGUUUAUGAUCGACGUUUAAUUAGAUCAGAAGCAGCUUUACCUUUAAAAAAAUUUGUCCCUGAUGCGUUGAAAGAUGUCGAAGAUCGUAGGAGACGUCCUUCGGUAACAUGUGCUGUAUACAAUUAUAAUGGCAGUGAGAUUCUUGGAAGUUAUAAUGAUGAAGAUAUUUAUUUAUUUGAUUCAUCACAUUCUGACGGUGCUGAUGCUAUUAAACGAUAUUCUGGACAUCGUAAUUCUAGCACAGUAAAGGGAGUUAAUUUUUACGGACGAUAUAGCGAAUAUAUCAUUAGUGGAAGCGAUUGUGGUAAUGUUUAUAUUUGGGACAAAAACAGUCAGAAAUGUGUUUGGUAUGAUACGGGAGAUGAAGCAGGAACCGUGAACGUCCUUGAACCACAUCCAUUGUUUCCUAUGUUUGCAACGAGCGGAUUACAGCACGACAUAAAGAUUUGGAUGCCUUUACGCGCUGAGAUGCAUGAUUUAAAAGGAUUAAAUAAGAUGAUGAAAAGAAAUGCUCGUGACCGUGAAAAUGAAUUACAUGGUCCACUACUACGUCUAAUGCGACCAAUAUUUCGAAGGAUUGCCAGACGAGCACAUGGAGACGACAAUGAGGAUUCAGCCGAUGAUGAUUCAGAAACUGAUAAUGAAAAUUUACAAGCCGGCGCAUAUUCAUUUGAUUGUGCUCCAUCGUAA